AUGGAAAGAGAAGCAACAUUGAAACGCCUGAUCGAGCAGGUCGAUCAAAUGCGAAAACAACACACUGCUGACCUGAAGAACAUGCACGCUCGACACAGGGCCGAUCUAGCGGUGCUACGAGCUGAGAACGAGCGCAUCCGCGCCCAGCUUCCUCAGUGCCCCCCAGAUCAACCCCCUCAACCGAGCAACGAAAACGAGGAAGAAGGGCACUCGAUUUCCCCACCAUCGACUGCGCCCCGACCGAUGACCCAUAGGUCUAUCAAACAUCGGUCACACGUACCGACGUAUAGAUCAGACCAUGAAGUCAGUAACGCACUGGCCCAAGCUCCAGGACACAGGGAGAGUAUCCACCGUCACCUUUUUGUCGGCGGCUUCAUGGAGACACCUCUCCCCUUUGGAUGGAAGCCCCUCAACAUCGACCGCUAUGAUGGCACCACCGACCCAGAUGAGCACAUCGAUCUGUACAUCACACAGGUAAACCUGUACACUAAAGAUGAUGUUAUUCUAUGUAGGAUUUUUCCAACCUCGCUCAAGGGAUCGACACUCGCCUGGUAUACUCAAUUAUCAGCGGGAUCAAUUGAUAGCUUUGACACUCUAGUGAGGUGA